GCGUCGUGCAUAGCAUGUUUCAUACUCUCAUUGUCCCUCCCAUUCAACCUUUGAAAUUUUCCGAAAUUUUCCGAAAUUCAACACAGAGAAACCAAGUAAGAGAAAACUACCAAAACUUCCAUGGCGUACACCAAGGAACGUGAAAACUUCGUCUACAUCGCCAAGCUCGCUGAACAAGCCGAACGCUAUGAUGAAAUGGUGGAAGCAAUGAAGAAUGUGGCAAAGCUAGAUGUUGAGUUGACUGUGGAGGAGAGAAACCUUCUAUCAGUUGGGUACAAGAACGUAGUGGGCGCUCAUAGGGCUUCAUGGAGGAUUCUAUCCUCGAUUGAGCACAGGGAAGACACAAAAGGGAAUGAUGUGAGUGUGAAGAGGAUAAGGGAGUAUAGAAACAAGGUGGAAUCUGAGUUGUCGAAUAUUUGCAGUGAUAUCAUGACUAUUAUUGAUGAUCACCUUAUUCCUUCAUCCUCUGCUGGUGAGUCUAGUGUCUUUUUCUAUAAAAUGAAAGGGGAUUAUUAUCGGUAUUUGGCGGAGUUUAAGAACGGUGACGAGAGGAAAGAGGCUGCUGAUCGUUCCAUGGAAGCUUAUCAGACAGCUUCUACUGCAGCCGAAGAUGAGUUAGCUCCCACACAUCCCAUUCGAUUGGGUUUGGCUUUGAACUUCUCUGUCUUUUAUUAUGAAAUUUUGAACUCUCCUGAAAGGGCAUGUCACCUUGCUAAGCAGGCAUUUGAUGAAGCAAUCUCUGAGUUGGAUACUCUGAGCGAGGAGUCUUACAAAGACAGCACAUUGAUUAUGCAGCUUCUGAGGGACAACCUCACAUUGUGGACUUCAGACAUCCCUGAAGAAGGAGUUGAGGAACAAAAGGUUGAAUCUUCGCGAGAUGGUGGAGAUGAAGAUGCAUAGGUCGGCACAAUUGUCCAAACUCUUUGAACAAAUUUCAUGUGUUCUUUGUCUGCGGUUUUCGCAACUUUUUACCAUUAGGAUGUUGUAAUAGGACAAGAAGUUGGGAUUGCAGGGUGCUGUUUGACUGUAAUUUAAUGUUUGUUUGUUUUCAAGUACAUAAUUGCAAAAGGGAUGCUUGCUUCAUUUCA